GUUGUCAGUCGGCGGUGCAGAGCACAGUCGGAGCAAGGAGGCGAGUGGUCCUUACGCGCAGCUGGAUACACCGUAAAUUUUCACUCCUGGGACUCGAUAUAGUGUCGUAAACUUACUCUAAAGGCACCGGGCCAGGCGGAGGGGCUCUGCUGGAAUAUUGACCGGAAAACUUGUGCCCUUGACCACAACACAACUCAGCGGUCCAGAGAAACGAGCUCGGACCCAGACCCACGCUGACAGGCCCAGUCGGUGCAUGUGUGUGCCUUCCGGUGCGUCUUUUUAGACUGCUGCGAGGCCUCAGGUCAGGAUGAGGGCCAUUGCACUGCUGCUGUUCUUGAUGGCCGUGGAGGUCGGGGCGUCCAGGGUCGUCCGCGAUUCCCAGGGCGUGCCGGAGGCUUCUGAUCCGUCCAAGAGCAACGCGUCGGCUGCGUUGCCGCCUCCGCGGCCGCCUCCGCAGCCUGUGCGGCCGGGGAUCCCCCCGCCCAUGUGCUUAAAGCCCACGGAGAUCAAGCGCGCCUUCAAGUAUGUGAACACCAUCAUAUCCUGCUUGAUCUUCGUGGUGGGGAUCAUCGGCAACUCGACGCUGCUCAGGAUCAUAUAUAAGAACAAGUGCAUGAGGAACGGACCCAAUGUCCUGAUCGGCAGCCUGGCGCUGGGAGACCUGCUCUAUAUCAUCAUUGCCAUCCCCAUCAAUGUGUACAAGCUAAUAGCCGAGGACUGGCCGUUCGGCGUGUACAUUUGUAAGCUGAUGCCGUUCAUCCAGAAAGCCUCAGUGGGUAUCACUGUCCUCAGCUUGUGUGCCCUCAGCAUUGACCGGUACCAUGCCGUGACGUCGUGGAGCAGGGUGAAGGGAAUGGGGAUCCCUCUCUGGAAAGCAGUGGAGGUGACACUGAUCUGGAUGGUCGCCGUGCUGCUGGCCGUCCCUGAGGCGCUGGCAUUCGACAUGCUGGAAAUGCCGUACAGGGGCAACAAGCUGCGCGUCUGCCUACUGCACCCCGAACAGACCACCAACUUCAUGAAGUUCUACCAGGAAGUCAAAGACUGGUGGCUGUUUGGUUUCUACUUCUGCUUCCCACUGGCCUGCACAGCAAUCUUCUACACGCUCAUGUCCUGCGAGAUGCUCAGCCGCAAAAAAGGCAUGCGCAUCGCUCUCAACGACCACAUGAAGCAGCGGAGGGAAGUUGCCAAGACGGUGUUCUGCCUGGUGUUGAUUUUCGCCUUCUGCUGGCUGCCUCUUCAUCUCAGCCGCAUUCUGAAGAAAACAGUCUACGACCAAAAUGACCCCAACCGCUGUGAACUGCUCAGUUUCCUGCUAGUGAUGGAUUACAUCGGAAUCAACAUGGCCUCUCUAAACUCCUGCAUUAAUCCGAUUGCCCUUUACUUUGUCAGCCAGAAGUUUAAAAACUGCUUCCAGUCCUGUCUGUGCUGCUGGUGCUACAGAACGUCUCCCCUGGAUGAGCGAGGCUCCGGAGGCUGGAAGGGCUCCUGCCACAGGAAUGGACUACACCGCUCCAGCUCCCGCUCCAGCUCCAGUCAGAAAUACACAAGCUCUUCCUAAACACACACACACACACACACACACACACCUACACACUGCUCUUCUACCAAACCAGUGUUUCCAUCAGCUCCCCAUCAAGGAGAAACGGGUGCCACUGCCAACAUACCUGCAAGUACACUGCCAACAUGCCUGCAAGCGGAUCUGAGUCGGGAGGUAGAAGCCACUUCUACAGGACUCGCGUCAUACUGAAAGACUCAGAGAUAAACCCAAAGCGAUGAGUUGAAUAACAGGACUGUACCUGUUCAGGCUGUAAUACCAAACGCAAAAGCUAUGAUGAAUCCAACGAUACGUAAACGUCUACAUACUCCGACGCUGAGGCUUGUGUAGAGGGCUUAAAAGCUCUCAGUGCACCAAUAUGGUAAAUACAUUUAUAGAGAAUGUUUAUUCAAGCCACUUGUAAAUACAUGUACAGUAUUAUUUACAUUCAGAUCGCAGCCUUAUUAUUAUUUUAUUAUUAUUAUUAUAUCUAGCCUUAGUGCUUCAUGUAUGGAAAAGCACUGAUAAGUACUACUUGUUGAAGCUUUAAUACCUCAAGGGGAAAGCUAGAGGGAAACUGUGACCCUGAGUUAGGCCUCAAAGGUGUAAGUCUUUAUUUUAAAAUGCACAAAUGUGCCCCUGCAUAUAUAACAUUUACACUGUUUUCACUAUUUACUUAAUAAUAAAAAAAAGGUGUUUUGUUGUGCUGAGAAACCGGACAAUGUGUUCAUUGACACUGAAGGCAGGAGACCUUGGAGAGUGGAUUUAUCUUUAAUAUAUUCGUGUUUGGACACGAGAUCUGCCACAGCGUUGGAGUCCGCAACAGCGCUCAGAUCAGCUGAUUAUGCAACGAGUGAGUCAUGGUAUUUAUCUACGGUAUCUUCGCCCUGCUUUCAGCCACACCGAAAAUCCUGAGAGUCUUUGUGAAUGUCUUUAUAGAGGGACCUCCAAGUUAUUACAUGUAGCAUUAACUUGAGGUUGAAGAUCAAAUUAAAUGUGAAUAUGGGUUUUUGAAUUGCAUUUAUAUUGUAAACAGUAAUAAAUAUUAUUUUAUAGCA